AACCACAUAAUAUAUAUGAGAUAGCUAUCGUACUUAAGGAAACCAGUGGCAUCUCGAAAAUUUUAUUAUAACAUAAAUACCAUUUAUUCUUGGCAUUUUCUCGAUAUCGAACUAAAAAUACUAUUUUCUCACAGUACAAAUCGGGCAUGACACUGUGCCACUGCCUACAAUUUCACUCAUAAAUUUAGUCGCUCAUAGAGUCAUAUAUAUAGAUCAAAGACUCAAAAGUAAACAAGAACUUUCGAUCGACAAACAAAAAUUAAACAGACUUAGAAGGUGACUCGAUCUCAAGAGGAAACCAUUACUGUUCCUUACCGACAUCCCAUGAAGGAUCUUCAACCAGAUAAUAUACCAACAACAAACCGCAUCAAUGAACAAAACAUAAUUUUUGCCAGAACGAAAGCAGCGAAUCUUAAAUGCCUUACCAAACCCUGGACGUCAUUGAUGAGCAUAUUAAUUAUAUAUCAUACUCCCAACUCUCACGAAACUGGUAGCCUUUUAAAACCAUACAUGACCAGUCCAUUCAUAUAUAUGGUAACCCCAAAACCCAUACAGAACCAAAAGCAAAAAAUCAAAGAAGUUGAGAGAAUGGGUUUUGAUGAGGAGCAUAUAGUGAUGCUACCGUUCUUGGCUCAAGGCCAUCUGAUCCCAUUCCUAGCCCUAGCCAAGCAAAUCCAGCAAAGAACAGGCUUCACCAUCACCAUCGCCACCACCCCACUCAACGCCCAAUACCUUCGUUCUCCCCAACCUAACAGCAUCAUCCAAGUGGCCGAGCUUCCCUUCCGCAGUGAAGACUAUGGCCUCCCUCCAAACACGGAGAACUCAGAGAAUAUACCUCUCGACUUAUCCGGAACCCUACUCACUGCAUCGCAACAUCUAGAAGCUCCGACUCGCCGUCUAGUCUCGGACAUCACCGAAAAGGAAGGGAAGCCACCGCUUUGCUUAAUCUCCGACGUGUUUUUUGGGUGGGCUGUGAAUGUAGCAAAAAGCUCUGGCACCGUCAACGUUGCUAUCACCACCGCAGGGGCUUACGGCACUACGGCGUCUAUGUCAAUGUGGCAACAUCUCCCACAUUGUAGUGUGUCUUCAGACGAUGAGGAGUUCAACAUUCCGGGGUUCCCAGUACGGUGUCGUCUGACACCGUCUCACUUGCAUCAGUUUCUCAGAGCUGCCGAUGGUACGGAUUCUUGGUCGAGAUUUUUUAGGACGCAGAUCUCGCUCUCGAUGAAGUCUUUUGGUUGGAUGUGCAACACCGUUGAAGAAAUCGAGCCGUUCGGAUUGAAAGUGUUGCGAAAUUACAUCAAGCUCCCUGUUUGGUCCAUUUUGGCUUCCAACAUUUCCAGCAAAAAAUAUUCCAGCAAGAAAUGGGGAAUUUCGGCAGAGAAAUGCACCGAGUGGCUUGACUCGCACAGUGCCGAUUCGGUGGUGUACAUCUCGUUUGGUUCCCAGAACACGAUUAGCGCCUCCCAGAUGAUGGAAUUGGCCAAAGGUUUGGAAAAGAGCGGGAAGCCUUUUGUUUGGGUCAUAAGGCCACCGGUGGGGCACGACAUGAAGGGUGAGUUCCGAUCGGAAUGGCUGCCGGAGCGUUUCGAGGAGCGAAUGAGGGAGAUGAAGCAAGGAUUAUUGGUGCACAACUGGGCCCCGCAGCUGGCGAUACUAUCGCACGUGGCGACGCGCGCCUUUGUGAGUCACUGCGGGUGGAACUCGGUGCUGGAGAGCUUGAGCAGAGGGGUGCCGAUCAUUGGGUGGCCGCUGGCGGCGGAGCAGCCGUAUAACUCGAAGAUGUUGGCGGAGGAGAUGGGUGUGAGUGUGGAGCUGACGAGGGGUGUGAACAGUAAUGUAGAGGCGGAAGAGGUGAGGAGAGUGAUUGAGUUUGUGGUGGAUGAGAGUGGCGAAGGUGGUGAGAUGAGGAGAAGAGCUGGUGAGAUUAUGGAGAAGAUAAGAGGAGCUGUACGGGAGGAUGGUGAAGCAAAGGGAUCUUCCGUUAAAGCUAUGGAUGAUUUUGUAACUGAACUUUUAUUACAGAGAGAAGAAAGAGGAUCAAAAAUCAAUUAAAUCUGUAUUUUUAAUUAGCUGUUACCUUGG